AAUUUUGUUUGCUCACGCUCAGUGGCUCAGCCUAGAUUGCUGCGGAGUGCGGAGUGCGGUCGAUCGGGUAUCGGCCUUAGCUCACCACACCAAAAAAUAUUGUUAUUCCAAUUACAAUUGUAAUUUGCAUAAUUUAAUUACAAUUGUAAUAAAACACUCCAUUCGGUCGGAUCGUGUCUUCUAAUACGCGUUUGGUUUGUGCAUUUUUCGUAUAGUAUCGGUAUUCGGUGCACUGUUGUUCUUGGCGUUUAUUUGGCCGGCCAUUUUGUAUUUUCAUGCAAGAUAGGUACCUAAGCAAAGACUGAAGUUCGAGAAAAAACUGGAUUUCCCUAUAAAUAAAAACUUUUGGGGGAGUCGAGUGUAAACCGGCGUGUUUGGUAUCGGUGUUUUGAUUGUGGAUGAACCAUUGUUAUCGCUACGACAUCUGUGAUUGUGUAUGUGAAUUUGGCUGACCCCGCAAAGACGAAAGGCGCACAAAUUUUACAAAGGCAGCUAAAACUGACUGAAAUUCUUAAUGUUUAUAAUGUAAAAUGAGAGUUAAUCAUGAGCACAAAGAUUGAAUCUGAAUUCCCACCAUCAACACCAAACGAUGAGUCAGAUGGCGAGGAAGAAUGUGAUGCGUUACAGUCCAGUUGUCGUGGUGAUGAGGAUUACCAGCAACUAGAACCGAAACAGGAAAUCAUAAAGUCUGUAAAAGCAGAUGUUUCCGGUUUAUUAGCGCGGUUGCAGUCCUCAGGAGCAUUACUCAAAAAGCCAAAACAGGAGUAUCACUGUUUUAAUUGUGAUAUUGAUUUUGAAGAUUGGGAAAACCUAGAAAAUCAUCUGAUAAACCACGUAUCUUUGCCCUCUGUGGUACUGGACAAGCUGCCUUCCGACGACGAAGACCUGCCUCCUUCCGGAGAUGAAAAUUGGACAGAUGAAGAAGAAGCACCAGCGCCAGCUAAGCCUAGUGCGGCAAAAACGCCCCAAAAGAUAGACAUAUCACAAAUACUCAAAAAGACUGGCCUUUCCUUAAAAAAACCGGUCGCAGAAGCGAAUAGUUCUAAUUCGGCACUAGAUAAGCUAAGUGGAUUAGGUUUUACGAUAAAGAAAAAUUUUACUCCGAUUAAGAAAGAGAAACAAGAUAAUGAACCUGAAAAACAAAAUGAUGUUAUGCAAAAGUUGGGUAAGCUUGGUGGAAUAAAACUUAAGUUAAAAUCUGAUGGAAACAAUACAAAUUCGUUUAAAGUAGUUAAUGGCCUCAAAGAUUUUAAGGCUUCUGAUGAUGAAGAUGAAGGAAGUGGAAACGAAGAAGAUAAAGAUGACCAAGAAUCGAAUGAUGAACUAGAUAGAUCUGGGGAAAAUGACGGAGAAAAUGAUUCUGAUGAACAUCAAAGUGGGACCAAGCGGCACAGUUCCGAAAGCAAUGAUUCUGAAAAAGCUAAAAAGAAAGUCCCUAAUUUACCUAAAGGUGUACAAGCAAAACUAAUACCAAAAAAGGAACCAGUAACUAUUUCCAAAGGAACUCCACUUAAAGUGGAACAAGAGGAAACAACAAAAGCCAAACCAGGGAGGCCUGCCGUAAAACAAACUCCGAAAAGAGGGAUCAAUAACCAUGUCGCCUCUAAAGAACCUCCAAAAUUAAAUGCUCUAGUGACGAGAAGACAAUCUCAAGUGGAGCAUAAAGAACCAUCACCAGCGGUUACUCCAGAUAGACGGCAGUCAAACGAACGAGUAGACAACGUCGUAGUGAAACAAGAAGUAGCAGAUAAUGUUACCGGAGCACCACAGAGUAGCGAUGUGCCUAUAUUUUCGGGCCAAAUUAAAUCAGAAAGAUCCACACCACCAUUAUCCGAAAGGUCCACUCCUAUAUUAGCUAAGGUUAAAUCAGAACCUGAUGCAUCAGUACCAUCAGCAAAUACACAACCCCUAUUCAGUUAUCAAGAUACGAAUGCAAGCACGCCGACAACUCCUUUACUUCCUGUGACAAAAACUGAGGAUACUGGCAUAACUGUCAUAGAAAUAAAUGGCGACUCGAAUGAUGAAGAUGAUGAUUGUUGCGUUGUAUCAACUACCCCAGCCCCCGUCAUUAAGCCGAAAGUUGAAAAAUCACCACCUCCUGCAUAUCCUAAUUCUUCUACAUAUUCAACACCCCAAACGAAUUACCAGAGUUCAGCACCAACUUUAUCCUCACGCUUAUCAUCGGCACCGUCAACAGAAAAGCAACACAAUUUUAAUUGGAAUGCUCCGGAUACCAAACCGCCACUAGAUAUGCUAGAAAAAAGUGCAGAUGAUAUAUUCGAAAGUCUACUUUCUACUGCGACUAAAAAGGAAAAUAUGUUGGACGCUAGUGAAUAUGUAUCUUUGGAUUCUUUAGGACCACAACACACUUGUGAGAUUUGCAAUACCAGAUUCACGACUUUGUCACUUUUAGAUGAGCACAGGAGGGUGACAGGCCAUUGCUCGAGCAUCAUAACUGCCAGCCCGUCGACCACGCUCAUGCCUUACAAUCAUUCGUCAAGUAUUCUAUCCAGUUUACUACCAGUAAAACAGUUAGCAGAACAAGUGGGAAAAUUGUCUACUAUCAGCGGUAGUGGCCCAGGAUUUACUCACCAACAAAAUGUUAUGAUCAAUAUCCAAGCUUACCCCGGAGGAGGCGGAGUUAUGGUGCCGCCUCAGCCAUACAACGCGUACGCCGGCGGGCAGAAUAUGCCUGGGAAUUACGGCCAAGCGCCGAAUAACAUGUAUGGUGCACCUGGCGCUCAAGCAAUGCCAAACCAAUACCCGGGCACAAAUUACAUGGGGCAGGGAUACAGUCAGUAUCCGCAGAUGUCAAAAUCUGGUUAUCCCGGAACACUGCCACCGAACUCAUACUCGAUGGCUUCAUCUCCAUAUUCUUCAGCAUCCCCAUUGCAGAGCAUGCAACAGAGUGUUUAUGGGCAACCUCCUAUGAUGAAUCAACCUGGUGCAAUGGGCCCGCCGGGCUCAUCGCCUAGCCAUUCUUAUGCAUCUGCGGUUAGUCCCGGAGGAGCAAUGAAAGCGCAGCCAGGCAGUGGAAUCAAGAUACAGAACAUUCAAACAUUCCCACCUGGUCAAGUAAUCGGGCAGUCAGGAGUUGGUCAAACAAUAUCCUCCGGUGAGCUAGGACCCGGACAUACAAUAACUGGCCAAGGUCCCGGCCAGAUGUCCGGACCAACACCGAUAAGGAUGGCAGCGGGUGCAAAUAUCUCGGGACCUCGACCGAGAAUGCCAUCUGUACGAGGCCAAAGACCUACUAUUCGACCUGGUAUUCAAGUACAUGGGCAAGUACGCGGUGGUAAAAUUGGACCCCGAAUGCCGCUGAAAAGACCGGGAGCAAUGGUCGGCGGACCUGGUCAAAAGCGACGGCCGGAUAUGUUGCUGCCCGGAAAACAUGACAAUGAGGACUGUCAGGUUAUGGCACUUCAGAAACAGCGAGACGGGCUGCCUCUGAUCCACAGCGUACAGGGGGCUAAGGACAAACUUAACAUCGGCAGCCAAAUCUCUAUAACAAAGAAAGCGAAUCCCGUUAACAAAGAAGCGAAUGCGAUGGCCAACGUUCUUGCGUCCAGAGGCAUAAGUGUGAAACAGAAACAGAAAAGCAGGUCACCAUCACCAGAACGCCCGUUGCCACACAUUCCCAACCUCGGUGCUGGAGUCAGUAUUAAACACACGUCUAAAUCGAGUAAGUUUUCAAUACCCGAAGCGAAAGUUGGCACUGGCAUGUUCUCAUGUAAGAUCUGCAAGAAAAUGUUUAUGAACCAGACUUCAUUACAAGUUCACAUGUCGAAUGCUCAUCCGCAAACGACUAGCAAGAUACCCAUGUUUAAAUGUGACGAGUGUCCAGCUUCAUAUCCUAAGUCUUUGCAACUGCAACAUCAUAAGAGAGUGUUUCAUAAUGUUGCAGGGCCCAAUCGGGAGCUGGGGUUGCCAGUAGUGGAUCUGUCACAAGAGGAUAAUUUAAAACGUUUAAGUAGUUUAGGCAUUUAUAGUUUCAUACCUUUGGCCAACAGAGAGCAGGCAAACGGUUGUUUCGGCAUACCUGUGAUAUCGGUGCACAAUAUGCAAAAUGGUUUAACAUCCAGUUUACAAGCUCUCGGUGCUGAUGGACUUCUGAGUCUAGGGCCCUUGAAACCUUUACCCAAUUCAUAAAAUCUCAUUAAUGAUUCUUUGUGAAGGUGUUAAGCGUAUGUAGUGAGGUAAAAUAGUGAUAUAACUCGAAGUAAAAAUGACUUUAUUUUCAAACGAUUCGAUAAGUGUUUUGCGAAAACAACUUACCUUUGAGGUAAGAUGAUAAAGCUCAAAUAGACUUUGCUCUUAAAAUAACGCAUGUUACAAAACGAAAAUGACCUAAUCAAAGUAAUUAACGAAAUGUAUAUUAAAAUUAUUAAUUAGGUUAGUUAAAUUAAGUGCUGCACACACGCAGACACGGCAGCGACCAGUUAAUAUAUCUUUAUUUAUAUAGGUAAGUAUUAUAAAAUUAACCACAUUCAUAGAAUUAUUUUGGUAGCAAAAUUUAAUUCUUUGAAUACCUUAUUUUAUCUUGCAUAACUUACGUAGGAGAAAUUAUUUUUAUUUAAUAUGGUUACAGUACAUCAUAUUAUUUGGAUUACGUCACUUUCGUUUCUAACAUGAAAAAUACUAGCUUGAUUUCACGUAAUAGUACGUUUGUAAUUGAGUAUUGGGAUUUCCAUGUUCCGGGUGAUUAUGGUGUAUGUAUGCAAAAUAUAUGUUGAAAAGCACAUUUCGGGAUCUGUGAGGUUAAUAUUAUUCCAUAGAUAUUGUUUUUCAACGCCGAGAUGACGUUGUUUUUGGUCUAUAAUAUUAAGUUUAUAGAGCAUGUCACGAACGUUUCUUAAAUGUCGCCGACCGAUUCUGCGUCCCAGUUGUUACAAAAUUUAGUUAGCCACUGUGGAAAAUUGCCACCAAAUUACGUGUUAAAUCUAUAUUUUGCUUUUUGAAACAAAGUUUCCAACUGAGUUCAUUUCAACUUACUUGUAAUAUGCAACUACACAACAAUGUAAUAAAAAUAUAACCACAAUGUAAUAUAUUAUAGUAGUUCGGGCGUUAAUUGGUGUCAAGUUCCCACAGUGGCUAGCUAAAUUUGGUGUCAACUGAGAUACAGAAUCGGCCUGCAGAUUCGCAAUAGGCCAGUUUCCUACAAGAAUUCCUUCUUUUACAAGAAAAGAGCAUAUUCGAAUAACUCUUUGAAGAACUUUGUCCAGUAACG